AUGACCCACCUGCGCUCCAGUGACACUCGCUACCGUGCUGCUCUCAAGCUAGAGUUUCUGGCUGAGAACCCCUCCCCGAUGUACAUCACUGUCUACUUCCUCGUGACCCGCCUCCCUGACUCCCUUCGCUCAGCCCAUCCGAGACCACUUCCUCUCCGUCGACCCCACCGAGCUCACCCUUGCCUCGUUUGGCGCCUUCUCUCGCCUCUGCCGCUGCUGUUGACUUCCUCGGUACUGAGGAGGCCGGUGCGGCGUCCGCUCCUAGCGGGAGGCGCAAUAAGGGUGGGCGUCAGAGGGGUAAGGGUGGUGGGGGUGGCGGCGGAGGUGGCGGUGGCGGGGGUGGUGGCUGUGGAGGUGGUGGGGGCAGUGGAGGUGGUAGUGGCGGGGGAGGUGGAGGUGGCAGUGGAGGUGGCGGGGAUGGUGGAGGCACUGGUGGUGGCGGAGGGGGCUCAAGUGGCGGUCGCGGUGGAGCUAGCAGGGGUGGAGGCCAGGGAGCUGCGCCUAGGGGUGCAGCUGGUGGAGGCGGAAGUUUUGGGGAUGACCAGCAGCAACAGUCGGGUCGGCAGGAGACUCUCUCGCCGCAGCAGCUUCGUGAGUGGGUGGCCCAGCGUGGUGGCUCCAAAUGAGGAGGCCGCUACCAAUACGUCAGGCGCAUGA